AUGUAUGAGGAAGAAGAUAGAGCUGAUUUGGACCAAGGAUUGGGAUGGAUCACGUUCUUGGCUAAGGGAGAGAAGAGAAUGGUGACCUUUAGGCAGCUGGAGAUCUUGUUUGGGUUCAACUAUGGAGAGGGAACCAAGUGGAACUUCAAGGAAAAGGAACUCCAAAGGGUUUGGGCUACAAUCGCUGAUGGAGUGUACUCUUCCUCAAGGUCCAAGGCAGCUCAGAUCAGGAGCCCAGUCUUGAGAUAUGUGCACAAGGCACUUGCCAACACCUUCUUUGCAAGGAAGGCAACCGGGACAAUCAACGAGGGGGAACUCAAGUUUCUUGACAUGGGAAUCAAGCCCUUCUCUCACGCACAAGCGAUGGCAAGAGGAUAA